AGGGAUGACUGGACCCCACUAAACAUUCUUUCGUCUGUAGUGAACGUUUCACCAAAAAAAGCUCUUGGAAAGGCUGGAUGGUCAGUAUUACAUGCUCAAGCCAUGGCCGUGCCCUCCAUCUUCCACCUGAUUGAGAAGGGGGGGCUGAAGUCCGUGGCUGCCCCAGGAGAAAGGACACCAGGAAGGCCACCGGGGACCUAAGGAACAUGCGAGUGAAGCAGAUGGGAAAGGAGCUGCAGGUUCAUCGUUGUCCUUGAGGGAAAACCUGAGGGCCUAGCAGGGCUCCCACAAGUUGAAGCGAGCCACUGUGCAGGGUGAACCUGCACCCAGGGCUGCCCAGGAAGCCGCCAGUCAGGAGCAGGUGCAGAGUCUCUGGAAGGAACUCCAGGAUACAGUGUGGCCUCCACAGCAUCAGGCAGCCAGGGAGAUGCAAACAUGUCUGCUAUGGAUGCUGACAAUGAGACCCCCCUCUUCCCUGCCAGGGUCUCUUAGUUUGGUGGCAGCAGUGGGAUCCAAAGGAGACAUCUGAUGGCUUAGGGGAUGAGAAACACAGGCAUUGGUACCUGCAAAACCUUUGAGUUCUCCAUCUUUGUCACUGAUUCUGAGAGCCGUGGAGUCAGCUCCAGAGUUUCAGCCAGCAGCAGAAGCAGAGCUGUGGGCAGUGGUGGAGGUAGAGCUGGCUCCAGCUCCGUUGACACCACACCCUCUAGCACUGGAGCCAGUGUCCCCUCUACCAGCAGUGUUGGAGGUGGAGCAAGGGCCAACAUGGGCUCCAGCAGGAGUGGGAGCUGCUGAGUUGGAGUCACCUGGACCAUCAUUUCUAGUGGGAAGUCCAUCUCCACCUGUGGCUAAGAAGUGUGAGAAGAAGCCCAACCUAUGGCCUUCCCUCCUAAGCUGGUGGUGGAGCAGUUGAUCGUGAUGGAUGCAGAGUGCGAGAACCUGAAGAACUUCUCCUCGCCCUGCACUGUCAUCUCUGCUCUGCAGAAAACCUCCACAAGCCACCUGAAGAACACACGGGGGAAGUUUCCCGAGAGCCCUGAAAAUCUUCAGGAACUCAAUAGUCAAGACAAGUCCUUGAGCAGAGAACUGAUGAUCAAGGAGGGGCCCUUCACGUUUGCCCCCCCAGAGAGCAACCCCCAGAGAGUGCAGGAGAAGCAGCAGCAGCAGCAGGGUGUCUUCCCCUAUCUUGGCAAUCUGCUCAGUGACCUGCUGAUGCUGCACCUGGCGAUGGGUGACUAUCUCGAGGGGAAUGAGAUCAACCUUGAGAAGAGGACUGAGGAGCAGCUGUGGCACUCCCUGCAGGGGAGGAGAAGGAGGUGGAAAUCAGAGACCUUCUGGGCAGAACAGUGCCUGGCUUCACCUCCUGUAUCUUACAUUGUGUGGAAGAGUUUGAUAACAGAGCAGUGGGAGACCCAUCCAAUUGGCGGGUGGGUUGAGGGGAGGAUGGCAUCAAGGAUAUCUUCCUGGAGGAGGGGCUGAUUAUUCCCAUUCUGAGAACUGGUAGAUCCUGGAUGGAACUGGAGGGAAGGAUGGUUUCCAGGACUGGUCCCCUGCCCCACUCCUCACCUCCAACAAGGCCCCUGCAGCAUCCCCCACCCAGGCCCUGUGUGCAUCCUCUCCUUCCCUCUGGUCCCAGGAAUACCGAGUCAUGAGGAAGAUCCUGCUGCUCCAGGAGGCUGCCAAGAAUUACAACCUAGAACCCGAGGGAGCGAUUUGCGGCCUGGUUCCAAGACAUGGAGUUGCUCAACGAGA